AUGCCAACAUGCCCUUCAGAUAAUCAGCAAGCUGUGGAUCAAACUGACUUUUGGACGGAUGGAGGAAUUGACUGGGAUGCUCAUCGUAUAGGCUGGGCUAUUGCUGGUGCUUGCGCUGCCGCUACUGUCAUAAUAUCUAUCUGCUCAGUUCUUCAACAUUGUCGGAGCUACACCAAUCCGGCAGAACAACGCCAAAUUCUCCGAAUUCUCUACAUGCCUCCUGUUUAUGGCGUAAUAUCAUUUCUAUCCUACCGAUUCUUUCGAAGCUACACAUAUUAUGAACUGGUCGAAGCUUUCACCCUGAGUGCCUUUUUAAUGCUACUUAUUGAAUUUGUUGCUGCUUCUGGUACUGGCCAUAAAGCCGAAAGUUCUAUCGCUCGAAAAGACAAGCGCAAGUUGCCCUUCCCUUUCUGUUUUUGGCGGUAUCGGCCGACAAAGCCAUACUUCAUGUAUACUCUAAAGUGGGCCGUCCUGCAGUAUGUCAUUUUCAGACCAGCCAUCUCCGUCGCCGCAAUUAUUUGUCAAGCGUACAACGUCUUGUGCGAAUCUGCAGGCUUUAAUGCUCGUUAUGCCAACGUUUACCUGGAAGCUAUUGAUUUCGUUAGCAUCAGUGUCGCCUUAUACGGCCUGUUCCUAUUCUAUGGCCUCACUAAAGAGGAACUCAUUGGGCGAAGACCACUUGCAAAAUUCUUGGCUAUCAAAUUGAUUGUUAUGUUCACUUGGUAUCAAUCCUUUGUGUUUGAUGCUCUGGAGGGACGCGUUAUACACGCAACGCAAUACUGGACAGAGACGAACAUCGCGGACGGCCUGAAUGCUUUGGCGAUUUGCAUUGAGGCUAGUACUACUCUUGGCUUGUAUGAGAAAGAAAUGAUCUUCUUCGCCUGUUUUAUGUGGUGGGCGUACACUCCCGCCGCGUAUCGCAUCUCAGGAGCAAAGCCAACUAGCAUCUGGCGACCCUUGUGGGACUCGAUAAAUUUCACUGAUUUUGUCCUCGAAAUAUGGUAUUCUUUCAGGUUCUUCAUCGCCUACAUUCGUGGCGUCCCCGAGACCCACAGUCGUUUCGCUUCUCAAGUUACUGGUUUCGAUGAAGCCUUCGGCCUCGAGAAGACGGGUCGUGCGGCAUACGUUGCCCACACCAGUAGCGAAUCAGUCAUUAGGGGACAUAGUGGUCGUACCAGUGAGUACGAUUCAAGUCGUGCCCCCCGGAUGAGCUACGAUGAGGACAUUAGAUUAGCGCCCUAUAGCUACGGCGACGCAAGAGACAGUCCGAUGAUUCAUUCUGAAUACGAUCACGAUGGAUAA